GUUGAAUUUCUCUCCUUAGUUUCUACCACUUGGCACAGUAACGAUGACGACGUGUACCGGGCCCCUCCGAUCGACCGCUCCAUCCUGCCCACCGCCCCGCGGGCUGCUCGGGAACCCAACAUAGACAGAAGCCGCCUCCCGAAAUCCCCCCCUUACACCGCCUUUCUGGGAAACCUGCCCUAUGACGUGACGGAAGAAUCCAUCAAGGACUUCUUCAGAGGACUCAAUAUAAGCGCCGUACGCUUGCCGCGGGAGCCUACCAACCCGGAGAGGUUAAAAGGUUUUGGUUAUGCUGAGUUUGAAGACAUAGACUCCUUGUUCCAGGCCCUGAGCCUCAAUGAAGAGUCCCUAGGGAACAGAAGAAUACGAGUGGAUGUUGCUGACCAAGCUCAGGAUAAAGGUGAGCGUCCCGCUGCUUCGCCCUUCUCCCCUUCGCGCCCGCUGGCCCCCCCUGCUGCCAGGUCGGUGACCAGCCCGGCGAAGGAAGGGACGAAUCGCGGUCAUUGCCACCCGGAUCGCCGGGUCUGAGCCCCGCUCUGGGCC